AUGGCGCGACGAGGAGUUGUGUUUCUGCUCUCAUCGGCUUUUGCUCUCGUAGUUAUGUCUUCAACGGCUUCAGCUGCAGUCGUGGAGCACACAUUCAAUGUGGAAAACGUGACGGUGAGAAAAUUAUGCCAGCAGCAUGUGAUCACUGCAGUGAACGGAGCUCUUCCUGGUCCGACCAUUCGAGUCACGGAGGGAGACACCCUCGUCGUCCAUGUCUUCAACAUGUCCCCAUACAACGUCACUAUUCACUGGCAUGGAGUAUUUCAACUAUUGAGUGGCUGGGCAGAUGGACCAAGUUACAUUACGCAGUGUCCGCUACGUUCUGGACAUAAUUACACCUAUAAAUUUACUAUCACAAAACAGGAAGGCACGCUGUGGUGGCAUGCUCAUUUCUCGUUGCUCCGUGCCACCAUCUAUGGCGCCCUCGUCAUCCUCCCCAAGUCGGGUCAUUACCCAUUUCCCACACCCCACGAACAGUUUCCUAUCAUUCUAGGAGAGUGGUGGAACGCGAAUGUGAUCAAUAUUCAGAACCAGGCACAGGAGCUUGGCACAGGGCCUAACAAUUCAAAUGCAUACACCAUUAAUGGAAGGCCUGGAGAUCUCUAUCCUUGCUCAAAAAAGCAUACCUACAAGCUAAAGGUUGUGCAUGGAAAGACCUACAUGCUUCGCAUGAUCAACGCGGCACUCAAUAACCAACUUUUCUUCAAGAUAGCCAAUCACAGGUUCACUGUCGUUGCAGUCGAUGCCUCAUACACCGACCCCUACGUCACCGACGUCGUCGUCCUCGCCCCUGGCCAAACGGUCGACAUGCUCCUCAUCACGGACCAGACCCCGGGGGCCUACUACAUGGCAGCCCGCCCGUACGUUAGCGCCCAAAACGCUCCGCCACCCGAUAACACCACCACAACUGGGAUCCUCAUUUACGACGAGCUGCCCUACACGAGCCCAAUCAUGCCUCUCUUGCCGGCCCUCAACGACACCCCGACAGCCCACAAGUUCUCCUCCUCCCUGACCAGCCUCGUGGGGAGCCCGAAUUGGAGGCCGGUGCCGACUAAGCUGGACGAGCAAAUGCUCUGGACCAUCGGAUUGAGCCUCUCCCCCUGCGGGCCGACAGCCACAUGUAAGGCAAUCCCCAAUAUCCCCACCCUCCGGCUUUCCGCAAACAUAAAUAACGCGUCCUUCCAAUUCCCCACGAGCCUGUCCAUCUUGCAAGCACACUUCUUCAACGUGAAAGGAAUCUACACCACCGAUCUCCCCGACCAGCCACCGCUGAAAUUCGAUUACACGAACCCCGCCAACAGCAACAACACAGCGUUGGAAUUCGCGCUCAAGAGCACAAGGGUGAAGCAAGUGAAGUACAACGCGACGGUCGAGAUCGUGUUCCAGGACACAACCAUCAUCGGCGCAGAGAAUCACCCUAUGCACUUGCACGGCUACAACUUCCACGUGGUGGGACAAGGGUUCGGGAACUUCGACCCAGUCGAGGAUCGGAAGAAGUUCAAUCUCUUCAACCCAGUGAUACGCAACACGAUCGGUGUGCCCGUGGGAGGUUGGGCUGCCAUCAGGUUCCAAGCAAAUAAUCCAGGCGCAUGGAUAUUGCACUGCCACCUGGACGCCCACUUGUCUUUCGGACUAGCGACGGCCAUCGUCGUCGAGAACGGGCCGACACCGUCGUCGACAUUGCCUCCACCUCCUCCUGAUCUGCCUCAGUGUUAGGACCGAGAGCACACGAAACACGCUUUGUCUAUUUGUGCUUUCUGGAUGCAACCCCAUUAUGAUACACAGCCAUCCGUAGCUUCAUUCCUUCGACAAUGCCGGUACAAUGAAUAGACUUCAUGUUUUAUUGUCCUUCGGUUCAAAUACAUUCCCCGCCUUUGGCUGGCGAUUUCGUGUCUUUAACA